ACCAGUUGGGGUGAGUGGAUAGAGGAGAGAGAGAAGAGAAGCAACAAACAGACAAAGAAACACUGCAUUGCAUCAGUCAUAAAGCUUCAGUAAGGACUAAAACAACUAAACUAAAUGGCAACAUAACUUCCAGCAACUUGGAAAGAAACUGUUGAUGUUUAAUAACCACCAUGUUGCUUCAACCUGAGGGAAACUACAGCAACCAAGAUGUCAGCAGCUACAUGAAGAGCAACUAACAACCGGAACUGUUGCUGGUUAAUAAUCACUUUGCUGCUUCAGAGAGAGACAUCAGCAACUCAACCUGCACCUAAAUCUCCAUCAACCAGCAGCUCAGCUUCAUGAUAAAUCAGGUGACAGCAUCGGGUUAAGCCCCUCCCCUGUUUCAGCCAUUAGGAUGAACCAACUGGAGGCAGAGCCAAGCCAUGAGAUGGAGGCCAAGGUGCAGACCUGGGCUCAGUCUCUGGUUUACACUCUGGAGGAACUCGAGUGUAAAAUCUGUUAUAACCGAUACGAUACUCGCAGUCGGAAACCAAAACUGCUUGGCUGUCUGCACCGAGUCUGUGCCAAGUGUCUGAAGAAGAUGGUUGACAUGGGAGAGUCUUCACCCUCUGUCAUCAGCUGUCCAUUCUGUCGCCAUGAGACCUAUGUCCCUGAUGAAGAGGUGUGGUUGAUGGAGGAUGACAGACACAUCCUUGCUGUUCUGUCAUGUCAGGACCGAGCCCGGCGAGGAGAAGUUGGGGGGGAAGUGGUACUGAGUCCCACCACUCUGACCGCAGCAGGAGGAGGAGGAGGAGGAGGAGGAGGAGGAGGCAUGGAAGCAUCACACCACUCUUCAGACUGUCUGGUCAUCACCAUCAUGGAGCUCCCUGAGGAGUCUCCGUCCUCAGAGUCACUGAGCAUGCUCAAUAUGGUGGGCCUGUACCGCCCCCCUAGCCUAGACUCGCUGCCCUGCAACCUACCUGCUCAAAAGUGUCACACCUGGACAUCACGCAGCUUCCCCCGCUGCCUGCUGGGGGCGCUGUGUCUGGUGUACUUCAGCUCCCUGCCUCUGGGGAUUUAUCUACUGAUGAUUGGUCAGCUGUGGCUGGGUGUGGUACUGGUCAGUCUGGUUCCCUCCACACUGCUGUCCUCUAGGGCUUCUGUCAGUGUCUCUGCCACGAGUUGA